AUCCCAUUGGCGUGUCUCACACUUUCAUUCAUUUCCCACACACACAUCUCUCUCUAUCUAUCUCUCUCAAACAAAAACAAAAACAAAAACAACCUUAAAACUGUUUCAUCGUACAACUCGAUCAAUCCAUGGCGGCAGAACUUUCCACCGCCACAACCUUAAAACCCUACAAACUCCCCCAAACCUUAACUUCCCCUAAAACAACCUCAACACUGUUGUUCUUCACCCCUUUAAGAGACUUCCGUCAUAGCAAAAUCCUUCAAACACAAACAAGAACAACAACUAAGAAGCGCUUCACCGUUUGUGUUAUCACGGAUGAUCCAAAAAACAGUACCCAAAUUAAAACAGAGGAAAACUCAGAACCUCCCAUUAAUAAAACCAACCCUCAUUUUUUAGUUACACAAAAAUUGGCUAGAAAAAAGUCACAAAGGUUCACUUACCUUGUUGCUGCUGUAAUGUCUAGCUUUGGUGUUACCUCUAUGGCAAUUUUAGCUGUUUAUUAUAGAUUCUCAUGGCAAAUGGAGGGUGGUGGAGAGGUUCCUUGGUCUGAAAUGUUUGGUACAUUUGCCCUCUCAGUGGGUGCUGCUGUGGGUAUGGAGUUUUGGGCAAGAUGGGCUCAUAAGGUUCUAUGGCAUGCUUCCUUGUGGCAUAUGCACGAGUCACACCAUCGACCAAGAGAAGGUCCAUUUGAGCUUAAUGAUGUUUUUGCAAUAAUUAAUGCUGUCCCUGCAAUUGCACUUCUCUCAUUCGGUUUUUUUAACAAGGGAUUGCUUCCUGGACUCUGUUUUGGUGCAGGUCUUGGAAUUACAGUGUUUGGGAUUGCAUACAUGUUUGUCCAUGAUGGAUUGGUUCAUAAGAGAUUCCCUGUGGGUCCCAUUGCCAACGUGCCUUAUUUCACAAGAGUUGCUGCUGCUCAUCAACUCCACCAUUCGGACAAAUUCAAAGGGGUGCCAUAUGGGCUCUUUUUAGGACCAAAGGAAGUUGAAGAAGUGGGAGGGUUGGAAGAGCUAGAGAAAGAGAUAAGUAGAAGAACAAGAUCAUAUACCGGCUCAUGAAUCAUAUGACAAAACAACUAGUACUAGAACUGUUUUAUAGAAUUGUUAGUGUGGAGAGCAAUUCGAUUCGAUUAAUGAAUGAAAUGAUUUGAAUGUGUAGCCUUGUACAGUUUUAGUAAUAAUAGUACAUGGCAUCACUGCAGGAUAAGAGAAUAAAAACAAAAGUUACAGAUAAA